AUGACGCACCAGUUCCCUACACUCUCUGAGGCGCAGAAGAAGGAACUUAGUGAGAUUGCCCUACGCAUAGUUUCUCCAGGGAAGGGCAUCCUGGCAGCAGAUGAGUCUGUGGGCAGCAUGGCAAAGCGGCUGGCCCAGGUUGGUGUGGAGAACACAGAGGAGAACCGAAGACAGUACCGGCAGAUCCUCUUCAGUGCAGACGAUCGCAUCAACACCUGCAUUGGAGGGGUCAUCUUCUUCCAUGAGACACUGUACCAGCACUCUGAUAACGGCGUACUCUUUGUCAAAAUGAUCAGAGACAGGGGCAUCCUCGUCGGUGUCAAGGUUGAUAAGGGAGUUGUCCCCCUGGCAGGAACUUCUGGAGAAACCACCACACAGGGUCUGGAUGGCUUGUCGGAGCGCUGUGCACAGUAUAAAAAGGAUGGAGCAGUCUUUGCAAAGUGGCGCUGUGUGAUGAAGAUCAGUGACACCAAUCCAUCUAAACUGGCUAUCACAGAAAAUGCAAAUGUUCUUGCACGUUACUGCAGUAUCUGUCAGCAGCAUGGCAUUGUGCCCGUCAUAGAGCCGGAGAUUUUGCCUGAUGGAGAUCAUGAUCUGAAACGCUGCCAGUACAUCACUGAGAAGGUCCUAGCUGGAGUGUACAAGGCCAUGUCAGACCACCAUGUAUACCUGGAAGGCACCCUGCUCAAACCUAACAUGGUCACUCCUGGGCACAGCUGCCCCACCAAGUACAGCCCUGAGGAGGUCGCUAUGGCAACUGUCACCGCCUUGCGCCGCACUGUGCCUCCCGCGGUCACAGGAGUGGCUUUUCUCUCAGGUGGUCAGAGCGAAGAAGAGGCUUCUGUCAACCUCAAUGCCAUCAACAAUUGUCCUCUGGCCAAACCCUGGAUCCUAACAUUCUCCUUUGGCCGAGCCCUGCAGGCCUCUGCACUCAGAGCCUGGAGAGGACAUAAAGAGAAUGAGAAAGUCGCCACUGAGCAGUUCAUCAAGAGAGCGGAGGUCAACAGUCUGGCAUGUCAGGGGAAGUACACAGGUGGUGAGAACUACCGUGAGGCCGGCAGCUAUGGUUCCUGUCAUGCAUACUGA